GCCCGGCGGUGGAGUGGGCCCCGGCGCCGCCUCUCCCCCGGCCCGGUCGGGCGCUUCGCGGCGGCGCCAGGCGGAGGCUCGGCCCCGGCGGCGGCGGCGCGGCGCGGCGCGGCCUGGCCCAGCUCAGCUCCGGCCGCGAGGUCUUCGGCGCGUCCCUCGGCGGAAGAUGGGAGGCGAGGCGGCUGGCCGGCUGUGAGCCCGGCGGUGGGUGUCCCCGCGGCGGGGCCGCAGCGCCCCCCUCCCCCUCAGGCCGGCGGAGGAUGCGGGUCGGGCCCCACCGCCGAUGAGAGGGAGGAUGGGCACCCAGGGCAGCCCGGUGAAGAGCUACGAUUACCUCCUGAAGUUCCUGCUGGUGGGGGACAGCGACGUGGGCAAGGGGGAGAUCCUGGAGAGCCUGCAGGACGGGGCCUCUGAGUCCCCCUACGCCUACAGCAACGGAAUUGACUACAAGACCACUACUAUCUUGUUGGAUGGCAGAAGGGUCAAGCUGGAACUCUGGGACACAUCAGGGCAAGGAAGAUUUUGCACCAUUUUCAGAUCCUACUCUAGAGGAGCCCAGGGAAUCCUCUUGGUGUAUGACAUCACUAAUCGCUGGUCCUUCGAUGGGAUAGACCGAUGGAUAAAGGAAAUAGAUGAGCAUGCCCCAGGUGUCCCUCGGAUCCUGGUGGGAAACAGGCUUCACCUCGCCUUCAAGCGGCAGGUGCCCACAGAGCAGGCCCGGGCGUACGCAGAGAAGAACUGCAUGACGUUUUUUGAGGUCAGCCCCCUGUGCAACUUCAACGUCAUAGAGUCCUUCACGGAGUUGUCCCGUAUCGUCCUUAUGCGGCACGGCAUGGAGAAGAUCUGGAGACCCAACAGAGUGUUCAGCUUACAGGACCUGUGCUGCCGAGCCAUCGUUUCCUGCACCCCCGUCCACCUCAUCGACAAGCUGCCGCUGCCUGUCACCAUCAAGAGUCACCUGAAAUCCUUCUCAAUGGCCAACGGGAUGAACGCGGUGAUGAUGCACGGCCGGUCGUACUCCUUGGCCAGCAGCGGGGGUGGGAGCAGCAGCAAAGGUAACAGCUUGAAGAGAUCCAAAUCAAUUCGACCUCCCCAGAGCCCCCCACAGAACUGCUCACGCAACAACUGCAAGAUCUCUUAGCAGGAUGGACACGCCGUGGGCUUCUAACGUAUCCACACACACCCACCGAUGUACAGCUUUUUGCACACUUAACCCUUUUUGACUGGAUCCUUUCGGAUGGGCCGCGGUCGCUUUUAUUUUUUUUCCGAUGGUGCGCGCAAGCGUUGGGAAUGUGCUCACAUUUUGGCUUGGCAUACGACGCGUGGUGCCGGCUGAAUCUCGCAGCGCUGGCAGGGAGGGGACUCUGCCAAGUGACCCUCCAAGAAUGCUUUGGGCUUUGCCUCUCGGCCUGGGGUGGAGAAUUCAGCAGCUGCCAGGUUGGGGAGGGGGGAAGGGGAAAAAAAGCUCAUCCAGUCUGAAUGGAGAAAUGGAUUUAAUGGAAGAUUGAGAGGCUUAAGGGAGUAGGCAAGGAGAGUCUGUGCUGCAACUUUAACUCUUAGACUCCUGAACAGAUUGCUGGUGCAAUAGUGAUCGUUGGAUGUAGAAAAAACAAGAAAUGGGGACAGGGGGCUAAUGACAGGUUUCACCGGGAUGUUAACCUGCUGUUGCCAAAAACAAAGAAAACCAGGCAAGCGUUGGCCAAUUGGGAAGAGGAAGGAAGCAGUCUGUUUGCCUUCUUCGUUUAUUUAUGUAAAUAUUAUACAUAUAUGUAUAUCACCUGUUUUUAAGGUUUUUUUUAAGAAGCAGUCAGGGAAAAUUUUAUGCAGCCAUGUAAAUACAAGCACUGGAUUAACUUUCCCAGUGCCAGCAAAGGGGGAGAAGUGAAGGGUUUUCCGAUGAAAAUAUACAAAUGCUUUAAGAGACUUUCGAUCACCACCUGGGCUUGCGCUGGGUAUUUUUUAAAUACUACGUAUGCAGACAGAAAGAACAAUUUGUGUGUAACGUAGCCCGAGCUGCUUUAUUCUGAUCAUUCCCUAAAACUUGUGAGUGCGGAAGGCGGGGUUGGACAUGAGCAGGUCGGGCGCAGAGCGGAGAGGUCGGAGGCGCGGGGUUUGUUUUUGGCAGGGGGAGGAAAAGAGGCAGCUCUAAGGCCAGACCGAUGCCUUGCUGGCUUUGCAUCUUCCGAUCGGGGGCUGAGGAGCAGAGAGUGGAAGCGUCCCGCCUAAAGCAGAGGAAAAACACUGAAUUUUACUGCAAAACCUUGGCUGUAGCUUCCGGGUCCCUCCAUCCACGACACCACCCCGUGUGACAGUCCCUGAAUCCUGGCUGCUUCUUGCUUUGCUUUUCCAAAGACGUUUUGCCUGAACUGGCCUUUCUGCAGCUCCUCCUGGAUGAAAGUGGGGAAAGGACAGAAGCAGCAGCUUUUCCCACUGGAGCACGAAGGAGCAGGGACUGGGAAGGUGGAAGAGGUUUGUGUGGGAAGACAACGAUCGAUCCCCAGGUCCCAUCGUAGCGAAGGCGCUCAGCUCUUGUGGCAGCACCAGGAAAAUCGGGAAAGCAAAGUGCUUUGCUCCGUAGGACCACUCCUGGGUUUGAGAGGGACACGUGUGCUCAGCAAGAGCCUGAGAUGUGAACGUGCCAUGGGCGAAGAUCUUGUGUCAAGCAAGGGCCUGUGGUUCCCCGCCUUCAUCCCGUGGCUGAUCCGUGCUGGAAAUUCACCUGGAAACUUAGAAAUAACGCCUAGCCCUUAUUGCAGAAGCUAAGCGUUGCUUGGCGGUGGGACUAAGCUAUGUCAAGAGGUUCUCGUAGGUGGCCGGGACGUGUAGAUUGUGAGUAGCGUGGUAGAAAGUGAACUGCUUUUCCUUAUGCUGGGCUGGUCUUUCCUCCUCGGUGAGGAGCCCAGCCAGUACAGUGCUGCCAUCUUCCUCCUGGUGUUAGCAGCUCCCCAAGGGCUUGCUCUUUUCCCCCCCGGCCCCAGAGCAGCUUGCUGCAUUGCAUGGGCAGAAUGAAGCCGCGGCAGCUCCCACGCAGCUGACGGACCCGCUUUGUUGAGGCAGCAGGCAGGGAUACGUUCCCUCCCCAGGGGACAUCGCCUUCCCUGUGCUUCGGAGCUGACCUGGGAAGUGAAGCAGCCUUCCCCCUUCCCGCUCCAUGGAAGAAAAUCCAAGCUGGGGGUAGGUCUCUUGGCUCGUCCCUAGCGUGCUUUAUUGCCCGGCUCAAAUGAAUUAAACCCCGGGCAGAUGGAGGGGGGGAGAAGAAUCCUUUGUAGUGGUGGUUUGGCUCGAGAGCAAAGCCGCAGCCAAGCUCGGCGCGGUGGCACAGGGGCCGGGGGAUUUGGAGAACCUGUCUGGGAUGGCUGGCACCUGUUUCCCAUCACUUAACACGCAGCAGAAGACAAUCGCUGGCUCAGCAGGCUGGGGAUAUACGGCCAACAGGUGAUGCGCCCCAGCACCCCGAAGGCCACUUCUCCUGGAAAACACCAUUCCGGCACCAUGAGGCCCCUCACUGGCUGCUCCCGGCCACCAGUGCGUGGGGCAGAGAAGAGGGAUGGAGGUUUCCUUCCUGAAAUCACAAAGCUGCUGCAUGGCUAGAAAAAUGUAAUGUACCUCUGCUUGGUUUGGGUUUGCCACGUGCGACACCACCCCAUGCCUUUUUCCCUGUGGUUGAUUAUUAUUUUUUUUUUUUUAUUCACCUUAUAAAGUCUCAACAAAAAUCCUG